AUGACCUCAAAUGAGCAAUCGGAAAACUUCUUUGAGAGCAUCUUGGAAGAUCUCACUCAGCCACCGGGAAACACAACUACAGAUGAAGAGGUGCUUCCAGUAAAUGCAUAUUGGAAAACUUUUUUUGGUGCAAGAUACUCCAAUGUGGUACUGAAUAUAUCAUCAUGGAAAAGCAUCAAAGCCAAUAACAAUGUCUUUGAUGAGGAAAUAUACAUUUAUCACAAUGAUAGCGACUUUAAAUCUUUUCUUCACAACCACCACCGUGACUAUCAAAAAACAAAUCUAAGCAUCCAAAAGCAGGCAGUGGAGACUUAUGAUAGAGAAAAUGCGACUUUUGUCAUGCUUUGUCGAAAUUCCGAUGUGUUUUCAGUUUUGGAAGUGCUACAGAAUGUUGAAGAUAGAUUCAAUAAGAAAUACCAUUACGACUAUACUUUUCUCAAUGACGAGCCGUUUUCUGACGAGUUUAUAUACUUGAUAAGCUCUUACGUUGAGUAUGGCAAGCUUAACUUUGGGAUGAUUGCUAAGGAGCAGUGGUCAUAUCCAUCGCACCUAAACAUAACAGCAGCUACCGAUUUGCGGGAGAAUUUUUCAAUCAAGAUACCAUAUGGUCGGUCGGAAUCUUAUAGACAUAUGUGUCGAUACUACUCGGGCUUUUUUUACAAACAUGAAAUGGUACGACGAUACGAGUUUUACUGGAGGAUCGAGCCGGAUAUCAAGCUCUAUUGUGAUAUUGAUAACGAUCUUUUCCGGUUUAUGAAGCAAAACAACAAGAAAUAUGGGUUUGUGAUUUCCUUGUUUGAGUACAUGGAAACAAUACCAACUUUAUGGACACAUGUUGUAAGCUACAUCAAUGACAAUAAGUUGAAACCCAAGCUUUUACCCAUGUUGAUGAAUGACGAUGGGUAUUACAACUUGUGUCAUUUCUGGUCCAACUUUGAAAUUGCUCGCGUAGAUGCUUUUGAUAACCCAGAGUAUGACAAAUUUUUCCAGUAUUUGGAUAGGCUUGGAGGGUUCUUCUAUGAAAGAUGGGGAGACGCUCCUGUGCACACUAUUGGAAUGAUGUUGACUCUUGACAAGCAAGAUCUUCAUUGGUUUGACGAAGUUGGUUAUUACCAUCCACCCUAUACUCAAUGUCCAUUGGACUCAGAAAUCUACGUCAAAAAUAGAUGUGUUUGUGAUCAGGAAAAAGAUGUCACGUGGGAUGCAAGAUUCAGUUGUAUCAAUUUCAUUAUGAGCUUUUUAAAUAGUUAG